AUGAGGCACUCAGAGCGCAGCAACAACUGCGCAACGAACAAGGACAACGGUUGCUCUCGUUUGCUCAUGGCUUUGAGCCCUCGGAAACAGACGUCUCGCCAAUACGCUCACAUUCCAGAAGGAGGCGAGAUGCCGCGACUUCUCGUCCUACGCCGGAGAGUUGGGCCAAAGGGAUGGGGGAACGAGUCGUCGGGAAAUACUGCCAACGGGUUAGAUCUUAGCCUCCCUCGUCUUCUUGUCGAAGGUGGAUUUCUGUGGAAAUUUCCUUACCACAACGCGGGAACGCCGAAGCGCCGCUGGUUUCAAGUGAAGCCGGCGGAGGGACUGCUCACUACGGCAAGCGGGCAUUUGGUCGUGCGACCGACGGUAGGAGGAGGCGGCGGUAGCGGAGUGUGUGAGCGGGGGGCCGACCGCGGUAACGAGUCGAGUCGAGCUGGAGGAGGUGACAAGAUCGCUGCGCCGUCCAUGCCGAUGAGGCGGCUGCGCGCCGCUUGGCCUCUCACUUUCAUCUGGGUGGACCCCGAGAGAGACCUCAAAAGGUCUCCUCCGAGGGAGAUAUUAGUCGAAGAGAUUAUGGAUCUAGCUAGGGGGCACAAAACGCCGGCGUUCUGGCAGCAAGCUUCGCACCGCGGAAUCCACACGCUCCCGGAUCCGAAGCUGUGCUUCAGCUUGGUGGGGCACGACAGAAGUCUUGACCUCGCGGCCGAGAGUCUCCCGGAGGCAAGAGAGUGGGUGUGCGCGCUUGCGAGGGUGGCGCUGAUGGCCAAACGAGGAGGGUCGGUGAAGACUGCUGGCGAUGCUGUUGCUCCACUUCUUCCUCAUCGCUUUCGGCCUGAACCCGCUGCAAGCCUUGCGGGCCCUGAUCUCGAAGAAAGUGUGUCUGCCGAAAGGCUCAAUGAUAUCGACCACAAAGUUGACUCCCAUGUAGGAGUGCAACGGCAAAGCGAUCGAGCGGCAACCGCGCUUAACACAGAGGUUUCCCGGCAUGAACUCUCCCUUCGCUCGGAUGCGGACCUCUCUUCGGAAAAACCAAAGGUGCUCGGGGAGGGCGGAACGUGGUCUGUAGACACGAUCCACGCCUGGCGGCGACGCCUCUUUCCGGCUGUCAAGCGCGGAGAUAUCGCGGCCGUGCUUGCCAUUUUCGACCAGGGCUGUCCGGUCGACAUUGCCCAGACAGGGACCGGAGACACCCCGAUGCUUGUUGCCUGCCGCCUGGGGGAUGUCGGGAUGGUGCGGGAAUGCCUCCGCCGUGGGUCUCGGAACGAUCCGCACCCGGCCUUCGGACAGACGGCGCUUCACGCUGCGGUAGCCUCGGGGCAGGAGGCUUGCGCGCGGCUUAUCCUCGAGACGGCCGCUCCAAGCCGCUCCGACGCUGUGGUGUCCAACCACAAGGACCCCAACAAAGAGACACCGCUCCAUGUCGCGUGCCGCCGGGGGUAUGACGGCAUCGUGGAAGCUCUGCUUCAUCACGGGGCUGACUUGCGAGCUGUUGACAGGAAGGGGAACACCCCGCUGCAUGGGGCAGCCGGGAGUGGGCAUGCCGGGGCGCUCGGGUCUCUUCUCGACGCUGGCGGCGACGUCGUCUUGGAGGAGAGCAACGCAAGGGGUGACAGGGCGCUACACACGGCGGCUGCCCCGGGACACAUCGCCUGCGUCGAACUAUUGCUGGGUACAGCUGCCGAACCAGACGUUCCGAAUGCAGAUGGUCAAACCCCGUUUGCACUGGCAUCUCGGGGCGGCCACCUUGCCGUCACGAGGCUUAUCCGGAAAUAUGCUCCUGCCGCGGGAACACCGUCCGGGGGAGAUGCACAGUUUCAGGCCCAUCGUCGAGCGAACGAAGGGGGGAGGUCUGUCACGUCUGACACACUACCACGGCCACACUCGAGCGGUUCUGCACCAAACCCUCCUGGCACGCCUGAUCACCGGAGUCGAGAUCUGGAACACCGCUGCUACUCGGCGGCGGGUUUAGGCCACCAGCAGUUCGAAGACUUGAACGCCCCAACGUGCUGCAGGCAACCCGUUUACACAUCUGGAGGGGAUUCUUUUGAUCGAGACUUGCUGCGAUCGACCAGCCAGCACGACAGAAGGCAAGAUUUGCAUAUAAUCGAUGCCUGCCGCUCAAAGGGCGUUGUUUUCUUUUGCCAAAUACCACAUCUCUAUUCAAUAGGUCUCUACGCAAGCGGUGGUGAAUUGAAAAUCACCAAGGCUACUCCUCCUCAGUCUACAUUCGACGGGCACGUCACUUCUCCGGCGUUUUCUACCUCCGCUCCGGUUCAAGGCACACAUGGCAGUCUCUUCGACGGCCUUCAGGUGUACGUGGUCGGUGGCAGGCAGCCGCUUGGCUCGCAGCAUUCCUGUGCGGCACCUGGAAAGAUGUCAGCGUCGUUGGCUCGCGUGCCUGUCAGCGCCAGGACCAUGGUACUCGACAGUCACCGCCUCUCGACGGCAUCUCAUCACCACCAAGUGGGGGAGGAACAACAGCAACAUCAUUUAAACUACUACCCUUCAAACCAGCAAUCUUCUUACAACUCGUCGUUGUCGACGGCGUCCUUUGAGGGCUUGGAUCCGAACUGGAGAGACAACAUCUUGAGCGCACCUUCGACCGUGGCUCCUUCUCCUCCGACUCCAAUUUCAACUCCGGAGGGCGAUCGGAGACCGAAUCGUGACUCGACGUCGCUGUUGUCCGCCGUUCCUUCAACGGCAACCACAACAGGCGGGGAUGGGACCGGCAUCGUAGGUGUCAUGGGUAGCGCCCGUGCUCUCGCACGGAUGAUCCACUUCAAUAAUACUAUAGAUCGGGGCGAGAGUGAGAUCUUCAGUGGAGGUGCGGCUGUUUCCCCCUCGGCAACGAGGACCCAGAACCUUACUGAGAAGGAAACUGAGGAACCGCAUGGCGGCACUGCGGCAUCGGAAAAAAGUGGCGGCGGCGAGAGAACGACCAAACCGAUAGGGUGCUGGAUGACCUCUGUAGAUGACGAUCAGGAUUCGUCGGGUACCUCCUCGCGAGCUCCAGAGGUCGGCGGGAAGGGCCACGGAUGUGGCGCGGAACAGACGUCUAUGUCGGAUAGCCCUCAUGCUGACGCGGCGGAAUCCUUCGGAUCGCACGUGGACACCAAACCAGUCCUGGGGCGUGGGACUUCACGAAGUGGAGCGACCGCCGGCCAAGAAGCGGUUGAAUUCGAAGAAUCGGAAAAGGAAGGUGACUCUUUCGUGAUGGUGGUUUCACAGGAAAUGGGUGGGCGGCAAACAAGGGAUGCAUCAGCAGCGUUGGCAGGGCUCUGGAAGGUGUUCCAGUCGGAGGGGUACCCCUACUACCUCCAUGAAGCUUCCGGGCAUACGCAGUGGGAGGACCCGAGAGAGGUGGAACGCUUACGUGUGCAAGAGUUCUUGGUUGACACAGGAGCUACAGGCGAUGUGCGAGGAGAGAGCUUGGGAGAAUGCUCAGAGCCAAACGGAGAGGCGGCGUUAUUGGAGGAGCACCCGGAGGAAGGGAACGGUGGGCUCCGCGACAAAACACCGAUUGAGAGAGAACAAUCACCGCCGCCUGCAUCGCCCAUCAAACCGGCGGGAGUGCCUGUUGCGGUGAAAGUUGCCAGGAACUGA